CAGAUCUAAAUUAUUUCAUGUGAAAAAUAUUUAUAGACGCAGACAAAAAUAUAUAUUAACGCAUUGACGUAGAAGUAGAAUGUUGCAAUGUCAAUGGAGAUUGUGAUGCCCUCAUAACAGAGUUGAUAUCUUUUGGUCAGGCUAAACUUUAAUUGUAAUGGUGGAGUUUGCGUUGACCACUAUAAUGAAACAAUAUGUACUAAAUAUAAUAAAGUAGAUCAAUGUUUUCAAACCGCCUUCACAGCCUAACACCUCGAGUCGCGAAGGGUAGUUUAUAAAACACUGAGCUCGAUAAAGCUAAAGUUACUUUUUCUACUAAAACUUACAACGCUCUGGCGUUAUAAGUUUUAGGGGUAAUAUUAAUCGGGGUUCUUAUUUCUUUUUCACAACUGUUUACUCUUUAACUUAUAAUUCACUCUCUUUAAACGAAAUUUAAACCUAAGUUUUCUAUCAAAUAUUAUUAAUAAAAAUAACUUUAAUUCUUCUUGAUUAAAAGCUGUGUAUCUAGGUUAAGUUGUGUUGUGCACUCAGAUUACAAUUAAGAAAAAGACAACGUCAAUUUUUUACCAAUUUAUAAGAAAUUGCAAGAAAUUCUAUAUGUCAUAUAUUUUUUGGAUCCCAAAUUUAAAUAGUUUCAAAUAUCCUGUUUAUCGUCACCAUCAACAAUGAGUGACGAAAGUUUGUCUAUUCAAAGACUUUGCAGUUCAGUAACACAAUCUUGUAAAGGACCAACACACACUAAAAGUUACAGAUCUGACACCGAUGUAUUAUUAUCGACAACAUCAGUAAAUAAUCGUAACGACGAUCGCUACAGUAUUAUGUCUAAGCAAUAUUAUAAAAUGUAUGAACACGAUGAGAUUCCCGUUCAAGAUAACACCGGCUUCAGUAUCUUAAGUAAAUCUGGGGAAACUGGAAAAGGCGAUAGAAAACUUAAGUCUGGAACAACACUAGAUUUGGAACAAAUAGAAAUGAACCUAAAUAACACACUGUCUUAUAAUCUUCAUGCGGAUAGCAGCUUCGCGCCCAGCCUUGAAUCGAAUAUAAAACUCUUCAAGACUACAGUACAAGAAAUUUUUGAUAAAUUCUACCACUGCAUGAGCGAUAUUGAACAAUAUAAACUACGAUUCAAUAAAAUAUUAACAAAGAUAAAAGACGAUCCGAUUACGGAUAUGGAAAACUUUAUAAAAGAUAUGCUUCAAGAUAUUAUUUCGUCCGAUUCGUCCGUUUCUUUCCCCGAUUCAAAAAUACCGAGAGCUUUGUGUAGUAAGGACGCGACGGUGGAGGUGAAUUGUGAAGCUAACGAAAAUUACAAGCCCUCUAGAAGCAAUCUGUAUCCUGAAGGAUUGAAAACAACAAUCGAAGCAUACAGAAACGACAACUACAAGUCCGAUUCCAACACAGACGACGUCAGUUCCAGUCACAAGUCCAAGAAAGGAGUCUUCUAUAUAAAUCUUCUGAACAGCCACCGCUGCGUUCAGAUCAAACUGAACAACCGCGACAUGGUCUCCGAAAUAAACAUCCGCGAUCAUAUGGUGAAAGAUGACAAAAUCGACGAAGCCGUCUCGGCCGAUAACAUUAAGAAAUUAAAAGCGAAAGAAAUGGAAGCGAUGUCUUUGAGAGAUCGGAACGUGGACCAGGGCGACGAAAAGGACAUUCCGGUGAGAAUCGCAAAUCCAAAGAAAAAUAUUCACCUAGAUCAAGAUUUUACUAAUGACGUGGACGAUGAAUCAAAGCGUUCAAUAAUUUAUAAAAUAUGUAACUACUUUUGCAAGAAAUUACGCAGGGCUUGUUGAAUUUGGUUCCGUGGUGUUGUAUCAAUAAAAGUUGUUUUGGUCUGGAA